UUAUUUUUUAUUUCUCUCUUCUGUUGUAUAACGGAACGUUUGGAAAAAAUUUAAGAAUUAUUGGUGGAUCCAAUGCAGAUGCAAGAGAAUUUGCAUAUUCUGUAUCAUUUAAAGAUUUUGACGAAAAUCUCAUUGUGAUACCAACACAUAUAUGUGGUGGGGCGAUUGUUAGUAAUCGACAUAUCCUCACAUCAGCUCAUUGUUUGUAUUCAUAUGAAGAUAAAUAUAAUAUGAUACAGAUCUAUACAACAAUGGCAGAUUCUUAUAGCAAUAGUGAACCUUAUUAUCGGAUUGAAAAUAUUAUUUACCAUCCUGAUUUUAUUAAAUUUAUGACUUCGAUAUACCUUAAAGAAAGUGAUAUUUGUGUUGUUAAGGUUAUUGAAACUAUGAUAUUUAGUUCAUAUUUAAAUAAAAUUGAUCUUCCAUCAACAGAUAUUACUGAAGGUUCUAUAGGUGUUAUAACUGGAUGGGGAACAACAAAAUUUUCGGCUGAAUUUUACCCUGAACAGUUACAAACAAUCACAAUGACAGUUUAUGAUGGUUGGCACUGUGUUUUUGAUUCUCCACUUUUUCUUGAUUAUGGUCAAUUCUGUGCCGUCAAUCAACGAGGAGUAGGUCUAUGUUAUGGUGAUAGUGGCAAUCCUUUCGUUUACAAUAAUACACUUGCUGGAAUCGCAUCUCUUAUUCUUCCAUGCGCUACAGGGGAACCAGAUGUAUUUACAAGAGUAUAUUACCACAUGGAUUUUAUUAAAGAAGCCAUGAAAACUUAA